CAUGCAGCUGUAGAGAAUUUGCUUACAGUCAUUGAGUGAUUUUUUUACUUGUGAUCCUGAUGAAAAAGCAAAAUACUGUAUAUGUACACAGAAAAACUUGGUGAUGCUACAUACAUCCUCCAUAUCUCUAUUAGAGGUCACCCGUCUAUUGGUAAAAAAAUACAAAUCAGAUAAUCGGACUCUAAGGAUGGCUGAUGAACGGCUUCAAAUAACUGAGCGGAUUGUGAACCUCACCCUGGAGAUCAUUUAUCUGUUGAAUGGGGAGCAUUUGGCAGUUUUCAAGCACUGUCAUGAGCCUGAGAGACCCAAACGCCGCCAUUCCUAUGUGUCAGAGGGUUUUAGUAAGACUCAGAGUUCCAUCGCGGAGCCUCUACCUCACUCAAUAAUACAUGAUAGAGGCAAUCAGCAGAAGAUCCAGGAACUCGCCAACAAGAUCAUUCAGCUGCUGACUGGAGAGGUUCCUUUAAGGUGUCAGGACAUCGCUGUCUAUUUCUCCAUGGAGGAGUGGGAGUACUUAGAAGGACACAAGGAUCUGUACAAGGAUGUGAUGAUGGAGAAUUGCCAAAACCUUAGCUGUUUGAAGAUGGAUGAGGAGAGGAGUUUCAUGACAGAGAGUGUAUUAAAUCUCACACUGGAUAUGUUCACACAGUUAACUGGAGAGAAUUAUCCUACAAAAAAUAAUGCCGGUGAGCAGUCAAAAUGCUCAAGCCAUACCUGUGUACCAGGGGGAUUAAACAGGACCAAGAGCCCCGUCACAGUGCCUCCACCUCACUCCCUGAUACAUGAGAGACACAAUGACCAGAGAAUCCUGGAACUCACCAACAAGAUCAUUCAGCUGCUGACUGGAGAGGUUCCUAUAAGGUGUCAGGAUGUCACUGUCUAUUUCUCCAUGGAGGAGUGGGAGUAUAUAGAAGGGAACAAGGAUCUGUAUGAGGACUUGAUUAAGAAGAAUUGCAGGACCCCCAUGCCAUCAGUGUGUUCGCAUGACAACCGGAGCCGGGCGGGUGACGUCACUUCCGGCGCGACGGGAGACCCGCGACCGGAAGUGCCACUCCGGGACGGCGGCCGGGAGCGUGACACACACACUGGUUUGCACCGGAGGGUCACAGAUUUACCUAACAAUGUAGCAGCGAAAGCUCCAACUACACAAGGAAGUUCCCCCCUGGGCGACAAACCAUUCAGUUGUUCAGAUUGUGGGAAGUGUUUCAAAGAUAACGCAAAGCUUCGUAAACACCAAAUAAUCCACAGAGGAGAUAAACGGUUUUCAUGCCCCAGCUGUGGGAAACGUUUCCUUUAUAACGCACAACUUGUCACACACCAGCUACGUCACACAGAGGAGAGGCCCUACGCUUGCUCCAAAUGUGGGAAAUGUUUCAAACAUACAAAAAACCUCAUUAAACACCAGAUGAUUCACGUGGAAGAGAAGCCAUAUAAGUGCUCUGUAUGUGAGAAGCGGUUUGCCAGAGUACAAGCGCGUGUCCUACACCAGAAGAUUCACACAGCAGAGACGUCAUACUCUUGCUCUGAAUGUGGGAAAUGCUUCAGUAACAAUGCCCAUCUUAUUAGACACCAGAGAACCCACACCGGAGAGAGACCGUACCAGUGCCCUGAAUGCGGGAAACAGUUUGCCGAUAAACAGUAUCUUGUCAGACACCAUAAAACCCAUGUAGAGGAGAGACCGUUUUCAUGCAGCGAAUGCGGGAAAAGCUUUAUCAGCAAUUGGAACCUAGCAAUACAUCAGAAAACCCACAGGGGGGAGAGGAACUAUCAGUGCACGGAAUGCGAGAAAGGCUUUAUCACUAAAGAAAGUCUUGUUGAUCAUCAGAGAACUCACACCGGAGAAAAACCCUUUUGUUGCGAAGAAUGUGGAAAAUGUUUUAAUAGUAAAUCCUCCCUCGCUGCACAUAUGAGACAUCACAAAGGGAAGGUUUUUACUUGCCCAGAAUGUGAGAAAAGCUUCCUCAGAAACUCAGCGCUUAGCACGCAUAUGAGACAUCACACUGGAGAAAAGCCCUAUUCUUGCUCAGAGUGCGGGGAUUCAUUUUUCAACAAAUCGAUUUGUGCUAAACACAUGAAGAUCCAUGUAGAGUAGAUUAGAGGCCACAUUACUGCACCGAAUAGGGGAUAUAUUUAAUUUUCAAAAAUUGAGAUUGUUCAACAGCAGAAAUUCCACAAUGGACAGAUCCUGUAUUUUGGCACUGAGUCUGGGGAGAUUCAUCUCUACUCCAGCAUCAGAGACUGCAAAACAUAACCUGUCCCUGCUUCUUUUGCAGAUCUUUAUCAAGCCAAAAUAUUAGCUCUGUAGAAAACCUAUUAGCACACUGAUUGUGCGUAUUGUUUUGUAAGGAAAGAGUAUGAGGCUUGACAUGGACAGUCCCUCAGGUAGAAUUCUUUUCAACUGUAAUACCAUAGUACAGUGGUUCCCAAACUGUGUGCCGUGGCUCCCUGGAGUGCCUCGGGACACUUGCAGGGGUGCCUUGGAUUGGUGGUCCAGGACCAAUUCAAAAUAUUUAUGGUCAAUAUAAUAGGCAAACCUAGUGCUAGCAGCUGUCAGUCAUAAAAUAUAGGGACAAACAGAAGCAAAUCUUGUCCUUCACCACACAAUUGAGCCUAAGGAUGAAUAUAUACACAAUCUACUUAAUUUAAUAUUUCUUUCUAAAUUUCUCAAUAAGUAAUUUUUGGGCUAGGGGUGCCGUGAAAAAAAUUCUGAUACUUUAGGGCGCCGUGAUUCAAAAAAGUUUGGAAACCACUGCCAUAGUAACAUAGUUUCUGAGGUUGAAAAAAGAAAAUUUGUGGUCUCCUACUCAAUUAUUUUUAGGACUAAUUUUGUCUCCUCUCCUCCAAUCUAAGCGGGUGUCCACGUGUCCUCUGUGUUGAUCUUACCAAAAACAGAUCCCCCGCAAGCUCUGUACAUUGCCCCCUUAUAUAUUUGUAAAUGUUGAUCAUGUCCCCUCUUAGUCUCCCAUUUCCAGUCUUGCAAGCCUUUCCUACUGUUUCAGCAUCUCUAUCCCCUUAAUUAGAUUGGUCGCCCGCCUCUGAACCUUUUCUAGUUCCAGGAUAUGCUUUUUGUAGUAUGGUGCCCAAAAUUGUGCACAGUAUUCAAGAUGUGGCCUCACUAGGGAUUUAUAUAAUGGGAGUAUAACACCCGCAUCCCUUGCGUCAAUUCCCCUCUUUAUACAUGCUAAUACCUUGUUAGCCUUCUUUGCUGCAAUCCUACUUUGGGUACUGCUGCUUAGUUUGCUCUCUAUGUCACCUAAGUCUUUUUCCAGAACAGAACCCCUUAAUUUUACCCCAUUUAGUAUGUAGGUGUUAUUUUUAUUCUUGCUACCAAAGUGCAUUACCUUACACUUGUCUGUAUUGAAGCUCAUUCUCCAUUUUACUGCCCAUGCUUCCAGUUUAACUAAGUCGUUCUGAAGAGACUCAGCUUCUCCCUCCGUAUUUCUAACCUUACAAAAGUUGGUAUCGUCUGCACUAUUCCCUCUAGAUCUACUGCUACUGUAGAUCAUUAAUGAAAUGUUGAACAAUAGUGGUCCAAGUACAGACCCCUGGGGCACACCACUUAGUACUUCAGUACAAUUAGAAAAAGUUCCAUUUACCACAAUUCGCUUCUCCCUAUUAUCUAACCAAUUUCUGACCCAAGUGCAUAUUGUGCUCCCUAGUUCUUGUAACUUAUAGAUAAGUGUCAUGUGCGGUACUGUGUCGAAAGCGUUAGCAAAGUCUAAAAAGAUUACAUCCACCUCUUUACCCUGAUCAAGGUUCGCACUUACCAUUUCAUAAAAUCCUAGUAAGUUUGUUUGACAUGAUCUAGCCUUCACAAAUCCAUGUUGGUUCCUAUUAAUAACCUUAUUGGCUUCAAUUAAUACUUUCCCUUAGAAUACCUUCCAGUACUCUCCCUACUAUAGAUGUAAGACUAACUGGUCCAUAAUUACCCAGUUCAGUUUUACUUCCCUAUUUGAAUAUAGGCACUAAUUCCGUUAAACACCAGUCUUUGGGAACCAUGCCUGAUGUAAGUGAGUCAUUGAAGAUCAAAAAUAGCGGUCUUGCUAGUUCAUAGUGAAGCUCCAUAAGAACCCUUGGGUGAAUUCUGUCAGGACCAGUUGACCUAUUAAUCUUAAUAUUUUUUAAUCGGUCACAGACUACCUCCUCACUUAAAUAAGCACUUAGCGGUGGGACAUUAUUUUUGUUGCGAUUGUGUGUUAAUCCCUGCAUCUGGUCCUCUCUUGUGAAUACCGAUGAGAAAAACUCAUUUAAUUUAUCUGCUAUGUCUUUAUCGUUUUUGAUUAAGACUUCCAGCUUGUUCUUUAAAGGGCCUAUACUCUCCUUCUUUAAUCUUUUGCUGUUGAUAGAAGAAAAAAAAAUUGGGUUUGAUUUGCUUUCCUUUGCUACUAGCUUUACAGUUUCUACUUUAGCCGCUCAUUUCUUUUUUUAAUCUUUUGUUACAAUCCUUAUAGUGCUGGAAUGACACAGCAUUCCCAUCUGAUUUGUAUUUUUUUGAAUGCUCACCUUUUUUUGCCCAUUAGUUCCUUAAUCUUUUUGUUAAGCCACAUUGGUUUUGAAUUUGUAGUCCUUUAUUUGCUGCCCAUGGGAAUAAAUUUGUGAGUAUUACUAAUGAGCAGUGAUUUUAAUACCUCCCGUUUCUCCAUAGUGUUUUUUUUCCUUGAAACAAGAUUUCCCAUUCAAUGUCCCUUAAAGCUUCCCUCGUCAUGUCAAAGUUGGCUUUGCUAAAGUUUGGAGUCCUAGUUGAGCCAAUAUAGGACUGCUUAUGAAAACUGAUAUUGAAUGUGACCAUAUUGUGGUCACUCUUUUCUAUGCGCUCUCAUAGUAUAAUUUUUUAUAUAAAUUCCCCAUUGUUAGUUAAUACCAGGUCUAAGAUUGCAUUGUUCCUAGUUGGUUCCUCAAUUAGUUGAAGUAGUUGUAAUUUAGUGUGUUUAAAAACCUAUUACCCCUGGCAGUAUCACAUGAAUCAUCUGUCCAAUUUAUCUCUGUGUAGUUAAAAUCUCCCAUCCCUAUUACGUCACCUACUCCUGCUGCUCUUUCAGUUUGCUUCAGUAACAUUUCCUCAUCAGACACAUUAAUACCAGGUGGCCUGUAGCAUAGCCCCGAUACUAUCUUUUUUGUUCCCUUUCCCCCACAUGCAAUUUCUACCCAUAACAUCUCAACAGUAUUUCCAGUCCCCUUGUGAAUAUCUUCCUGUAUAUCAGGUUUUAAAAAUGGCUUUAUGUAAAGACACACCCCUCCACCCUGUUUAUUUCAUCUAUCUCUCCUGAACUGCCAAUCAUGAGAUUCGCCCCACCAAGUUUCAGUUAUGCCUAUAAUAUCAUACUGUUUGCUUGCUGCAAGGACUUCUAGUUCCCAUUUUUACCUGUAAGGCUUCUAGCAUUUACAUACAAACAAUUAAGAUAAGUAUUUCCCCUUGUGCUAGGGACAUAAUUUUUUAUAUGCAGUAAUGAUGACCCAUAAUCGUCGUUAGUUAGUGUUUUGACAAUACCAUUGGUAAUACCCUUGUUAGUACCCAUGUUAAUAUCCCUUGCCGACUGCUCUUUCCCUUCCCCUUCUCCACCCCCAUUUUGUUCACUACCUCCAUCCUCACUAUUCUCACUGCAUGACCCGUAGUUUCUAGCUAACCCCCCCCCCCCCACAAGCAUCUAGUUUAAAAACUCCUCCAACCUUCUAACUAUCCUUUCCCCCAGCACUGCUGCCCCACCUCAUUCAGGUGUAAUCUAUUGCGACAAAGAAGAUGGCACCUGACUGAGAAGUCCACCCAGUGUUCCAGGAACACAAACCCCUCUUUCCUACACCAGUCUCUAAGCCACACAUUUACCUCCCUAAUCUCCCUCUGCCUCCCUGGGCUAGCGCGUGGCACAGGUAAUAUUUCGGAGAAUAUUACCUUGCCUUUAGUUUUUGGCCUAGGUCCCUAUAAUCUUUCUUAAGGACAUCCCACCUACCACUAACUUUGUCAUUAGUGUCAAUGUGCACCAAGACCGCCGGGUCUUUCCCAGUCACUCACAACAAUCUUUCUACCCGGUCCAUGAUGUGCCAUACCCGAUCACCCGAGAGACAACAGACUGUAUGGCGAUCAUGGUCCGGGUAGCAGAUUGUCCUAUCUGUCUUGCUGAUAAUAGAAUCCCCUACCACCACCAUCUGACUAGGUACCUCGCUUUCUUUUGUCGCAUCUGAGCCAGAGGGACCACUCCUCCGUUUGCUAUAGGGAAAAGUCUCCUCCAGCACUGUCAUUUCCUCACUACCAUCCUCCGAAACUUCGUCCAAUCGGGCAAAUUGAUCGGGGUUUGAUAGUUCAAAGAUGUUGUGCCUCCCCCUCUUUUUCUUCCUUCUAACUGUGACCCAGCUGGCUACCUGGUUGUCCUCAUCUACCGGUGUGUCCCCCCCCCCCCCCACCCCCCCGCAACUCCUCCACUGCUCUAUCUAAGCUUUGCUUAAGAUUGUGAAUACUCCUCAGUUGCGUAACGGUUUGCAGGGCAGCCAUUCGCGCAGAUGUAUUCACACUGGGACGGUUGCUCCAGGUGCGCAUACAUCAUGCACUGACUGAGAUUCUCAAUCACGGCCCCACCCAUUUUGUUUGUAAAGUCUAACUCCUUGUUACCUUCAGAAAAAAACAAUUCAAUCAAUGCAAUACAAUACAGUACUAUAUCCUAACUGUGAAGAGAAGCAAUAUUCAACAGAAGGACAAAAAAUAACCAGUCACUUAUACAGUAAUCUACCCUUGUGCGCCCCCUGAUCUUUUUCCUUUUUGCAGCAGCAGUCCCGGGCUCUCUGCAGCAAGCUCCUCAAGUAGUAGAACCAGCAACGGCAGCAGUCUCCGGCCCCCUCCGUCACGCUCCUCUGAUAGCUGCAGCAGCAAUCUCCGACCCCCUUGUGUAGCUCUUUCUGACAGCAGCAGCAGUAGGCUCUGACCCCUCAGGCAGGCUGUUGGGGCAGCAAUUUGCGGCUCGGCCGCAGCAGUGUCACCGGGCAGCCCAUAGCACACACUCACACACAAAGUCGCAUCCACUCACACAAAAACAAAAACGCAGCCCCCUCACACACACAAUAUCUCAGCCCCUCACACACUCACCCAAAAAAAUGCAGCCCCUCACACACUCACACACACACAAAAAUGCAGCCCCUCGCACACUCACAAGGUACAAGCCCCUCACACAACUUUCAUAAAGAGCGGCAGCUCUUAUUCUUGCUGCAUACUCAACUUAGCACUGGCCCCCCUCUCUGGCGUCAGCGGUCCCCUCUCCGGCACCUGCUCCAACCAGCAAAGGCACAGGCACUUGCACAUGCUCCUACGUGUGUAUGUUUUACAGGACUGGAUCUCCCAUUGGCCAUGGAGCACUGUAACCCAGUUUUAGCUGUUGGAGUGAUGGAGGGGUCAAACAUAAGGAGAAUAAGAAGGUGUUUGUAUGACUCAAUCUCAUAUCUAGGUGGGUUAUGACAUAAUUGCUAUGGAUUCCAAUACAGAGAAUACAGUGGGGUAAAUUAAGCUACCAAUUUUGUUUACCAAUUAACAUUAUUUUUUUGUGCAUGAAAUUUGGGGGUUUAACAUUUUUAUAUAUUGGUUUGUUUCCACCACAGAUGCUUUGUUAAUUAGGAUUCAACAAUAAAUAAGGAAAAUUAUUUUGUUCAGAUUACUGUCUGUGAAUGUCCGCCUCAACCCCAAUCUUCAUGUAUCUAAGUGGCUUGGCUACACCACCCCUUUAAUUGAUACUGGCCACAUACAGGAGCGGAUAUAGACACGGGUAAGCUGGGCGGGUGUCCAGGGCACUGCGGCCUGCGGGCGCCGCCGCAGACACCCUGCAGGCACCCGCAUCUUGCAUAUCGCAGUCCCCAUCUGCUGUAUGCAUCAUGGGCUGUGUGGGCGCACACUGCAGCUGGCGCCAUUGUCAGACGCUAGAGGUCCUAAUUGACCUCUAGUGUCUGUGCAGCGCUAUGGGAGAGAUGUCAUGACCUCUCUCCCAUAGAGAGGAUUGGGCAGUCAGAGAGAAGGAAGGCAGCGGCAGCUGCGGUCGGGUGCAGUAGCGGGGCUGGUGAGUAUUGGAGUUUUUUUUUAUUUUGUGUUUGUAGGUGGCGCUUUUAGGGGGUACAACUACUGGGGGCACAAAUACUGGGGGCACAACUAGAGGAGCCACGCCCCUAUUCUUUGGCGCGCACCAACCCUGUUUUACCUGUUGGGGGAACGCCAAAGGAAACUUUCGCCCUGGGCGCCACAAGGUCUAGAAGCGGCCCUGGAUAGGUUUGUAACUGUGAAUACUGUGUUCUGUGUUAGAAAAUUCCAGUACAUAAGUGAUAAAGCAGUAAUAGAAAAUUCCAAUACAUAAGUGAUAAAGCAGUAAUCCAAUUUUUAUUUUCUUUAAAUAGCAAAUUAGUACUUUUUAAGUAUCCAUGUGUCCUAAUAAAAAUCAUAUUUCCUUUAUAGAAUCUUUCUGCCACUGAGACAUGGUCACUGGCCAUAAUCAUUAUCAUUUGGCAGCUUCCACCAGGCAUGGUUCUAGAUUCUGUGUUAAAGAUGAUGGCCUGAGUUUUGUGCCGAAAGUAAUUAUGAGCCAGGUUUCAAGGAGAUAUGUUGAAUUAGAUAUAUAAUUGUGGACAGGUAUGCCAUAAUUAAUGCAGCUUUCUGUGUAUGCGGAACUCAUACGUUUACAGUUGAGUUGUCAAAGUUAAGAGGGUUAAGGUUUAAGAAAAAUAAAUAAUGCUUUUUAAUAUUAUUAAACUUCAACCAAAUCAUUUAAAUAUUAGCAAAUUUGUCGCUGGUUUUACGGAUUGGACUCUUUUGCUUCUUGUUUUGCCAAAAAUGUGUCAUAGUCUCAACUUGAUGAGACUAGGACUUAUUAGGAGACUGAGCUGUUACACUUGUAUAUCUGUGUGCGCCUGAGUCACCGAAUCUCUAUACAAAGUGCUAUGAUACAGUGGUCAUGGCUUUUCUCAAGGCCAAGUUCCAUUGUGCUCCGUAUACAGACUCAGUCGCACACAAACAUACAAAUGAUAUCAAAUAAAUCAGCAGUCUCCUCGAGCAUUCUAGUAGCAUUACAUUGUGACUAAGACGUAUUUUCAGUAAAAAUAUUAUGCCCAACAUAAUAUUAUGCCCAACUGGCUGCUCAAGGUGUUUUGAGGCUUGAUGUAUGACAACACAUCUGUAUACAGUACUGAAACUCCAUUAUUAACAUAUUUUCUGGACAUGCCCUAUAUUAAGACCCUUCUAGGAGGAAGUCUACAACUUAGUUAGCAAUGUUCUUUAUUGCAACCUCACUCCCUACACAUCUCCACAAAGAAGACAUCUAUAUACUGAGUCAUAGAUGGGCCAAGUGGUUCUUAUCUGCCGUCAAAUUCUAUGUAUCUAUGUUUCUAUAUCCUUAUGGCAGCACUGCUGCUUUAGCUCAGCAAUGAAAGGAUCCCCUACCCUCCAUUGUUAAGUAAGGUCCAACCACAGGAGUCCCUUACUCCACUUUUGCUGCUUCCCCGCUCAUGAGGUGGUUUAGCUGGCAGGAAUGCACCACUGAUGGUGUGGACCAUUCCAUUGUAGUGGACCAAUCCCUGCUCCCUGUUAUGUUCUGAUCAUAUCUGUUGCUACUGUACCAAUAUAUUGUUGCUGGUCUUCCCGUUGCACCUUCCCUCUGUUUGUGUUAUUGUUCUACCGUGUUACUGUAUGUUCAUUUACCCCUCCUUUGUUUCUAUUCUGUACCCCAUAAAAUUAAUCUGUUCCAAUAAAAAAAUGAU